AUGUCAAGCAACAACCUCAGAAUCCUUCUCGUUGGCAAAGGUGCUCGCGAGCACAGCUUGGCCUGGAAAUUAGCGCAAAGCCCGUCAGUGGAACACAUAUACGUUGUCCCUGGGAAUGGAGGCACCGCAGGGAUGAAAAAGGUCACCAAUGUGACUACGGCUACUGAAGAUGACUUUCCAAGCCUGGUGAACUUCGCCAAAGAACAUGGUGUUGGUCUCGUAGUAGCUGGACCUGAUGACGCUGUGGUAAACGGUAUAGCCGGAUACUUUGAAGACGCUGCUAUACCUUGCUUUGCACCAAGCAAGAAAGCUGCCGAAGUUGAAGGCUCCAAGGCCUACUCCAAGGCGUUUAUGGAGAAAUAUAACAUCCCGACAGCGAGCUAUAAGGCAUUUGACAAUUACGAUGAUGCAAAAGCGUACCUCGAGUCAGUUGACUGCUCACAGAUCGUAUUGAAAGUUGAUGGUCUUGCAGCUGGCAAGGGUGUCGUACUUCCAUCGAAUGAAGCUGAAGCCCACGAAGCGCUAAUAUCAAUGAUGAUUGAGUCCAAGUUUGGGUCCUCUGGGCAAUCCGUGGUGAUCGAAGAGCUCCUCGAUGGAGACGAAAUCAGUAUUCUCACUUUUGCUGAUGGAACCGGGGCAUUCAAGUCGCUCCCACCAGGCCAGGACCACAAACGAAUUCUCGAAGGAAACAAGGGGCCUAAUACUGGCGGGAUGGGGGUUUACGCCCCUUUGGCCUUUUUGACGUCUGAUGACCUGCGAACAAUUGAUCAAGAUAUUAUCAAACCUACACUUGAUGGACUUCGAGCCGAAGGUAAAGCCCCCGCUAUGCCUACCUCACACAUUCUGACACUUUUAGUAGGUCGCCCGUUUGCUGGUAUGCUCUUCACUGGGGUGAUGAUGACAAGCAAGGGUCCCAAGGUUCUGGAGUACAAUGCUCGGUUCGGAGAUCCCGAGACACAGACCAUGAUGAUGCUUCUCGCCCCGGAAUGCGACCUUGCGGCGGUUCUCAUGGCUUGUUCCACAAAGAAGCUUGAAAAUGUGGCAGAUAGAAUCUCUGUACGCCCGGGAUUUGCCUGCAAUGUUGUGGUCGCUGCAGGUGGCUAUCCUGAAUCGUACCGUAAAGGCGACGUUAUCUCUCUCGGAGAGUGUCCUUCAGGGAUCGAAAUAUUUCAUGCCGGAACUGAGAGAAUCGCGAAUGGUGAACUUGUUACAUCCGGCGGUAGGGUACUGAGCGUCGCGGCGCAUGGUCCAACCCUGGAGAAGGCGGUUUCUCUCGCCUAUGAGGGCGUAAAACAUAUCCAAUUCAAGGAUAAGACGUAUAGAAAGGACAUCGGUGCCCGGUAA